GUUUUAAUCAGAAAACCAGGUGUUUUAAUCAGUAUGUUUACUUUGAUAUUGACCUUACAUCGAUUAUGAUAAGCAGAGUAAAGGUGUUUACUUUUGCCAUACUCGGCCUACUGUGAUAAUCUGUUUCAUAUGUGAUCAGUAGUGCGCAUGCUUGACCUGCAUAACUUUCAACUGAAAUUUACAUUCUACAUUUCCAUUAUUCUGCGAUGGUGAUGACAGCAUGCGGACAGCGGCCAUUGGCAGACGCUCCAGGAGGGUCACGUGUUGUUGGAGGGCGCAAUGCACCUUUGGGUGCAUGGCCUUGGCAGGUCAGCGUGCAGGUGAGGUCCUGGCACCUCUGUGGCGGGACCAUCCUCAACAGCCUCUGGGUGCUCACCGCUGCACACUGCUUCACUAUCGUUCCACCCCAUAGGAGGUCCAGUCUGCGCGUGGUGGCAGGACUCAACGUGCUAACAGAACCAGGGCAGUACUCCCAGCGCCGCUAUGUUGUGGAGGUCAGAGCCCAUGAGAAGUUCCACCACCCCAGCUACUCCAACGACAUAGCUCUUCUGCGUCUCAGCUCUCCACUGGAGUACACAGACUUUGUCCAGCCUGUCUGUACAGUGGAAGACGAGAUGGAGGAGUUCAACUUAAACCUCAACCAGUGUUUCAUCAGUGGUUGGGGCAGCACUUCUUUCAAAGGAAAGCCAAUGGACACACUGCAAGAAGCUGAGGUGGAGCUGUUUGAGCGAAAUACUUGCAACCAGAUCGACUGGUACAACGGUUACAUCAAGAAUGGCAUGAUCUGUGCUGGCUCUGAGACCGGGGGGGUCGACACAUGUCAGGGAGACAGUGGAGGUCCACUCCAGUGCUUCAGUGAGGAUCAGGAAAAAUUCUACAUUGUUGGCGUGACAAGUUUUGGGGAUGCCUGCGGAUUGCCUAAAAGACCCGGAGUGUAUACUAUGGCCAGCAAGUACUCAGCCUGGCUGAAGACAACUCAGUCAAGAUCCCUGUCAGCCGUCUGUCAGCUAGAUAACCAUUUCAUCUUAGUCCUGUCCAGUGUAGUUUCUAGACUUAUCUGAAUGAGGUGAACUGCUGAAUCUAGUCCAGUGUUUGACAUAAACUACUCUCUCAUGGAUGGUCAUUACAUUUUGAUGACUUUACAUUGUCAAUAGUUCUGUCACUUCUCAGGAGUAGCCUAAAUAAACCAUAUUAUUCAAAGGCUCUGUAGGCUAUAUUUGAUGGGUCAUUUCAACAAUUUAAUGAUUGUUGAAGGAUAAACCUGUGAAAUGCCAAAAGGCCAUUGUUUCCACUGUCUUACUUUAUCAUAGUAGCCCAUUAAAACAUUAGCUAGGCCUUAAGGAACAUGAAAUUAAAUGUUGUAGCAUACUAAUAAUUUCUUGAGAGAAUUCUAUACUAUUAUAUUCCUUG